CGAAGUUCUAAUUUAAACUUGAUGCGUGUCUUCCUACUUUACUCGGCUUUUCCGUUGCCUGUUAUAUGAAGGGGAAAAAAUCAGUCGACGUGACAUCAUGAGCAGCUCCAGAACUUCAGAUCAGUUAUUGAAGGCAUUUACUGGUUUGUUGCUGCAGCUUUCCAAAGUAUGCCAUUUGGAGCUGAGAAUUGAUGCUCGAUGUCCAGAGAUCGACGUCAUCAACAAAGCCAUCAGGAGGGCUCAGAUGGAGAAGUUAGACACCUUCACAGUUGUUGAAGAGAAACUAAACCUUGUGACCCACACAUGGGAGUCCUGCUCUGAUGAGUUCUUUGCCAACUAUUCAAAUCCAGGGGAUAAAGGAAACCAGUACCCAGUGUUUUAUCCAGGAGGAUCCAUUUCUGGAGACUACAAGUGUAGGAAUCGGGUGUAUUUCUUGGAUGAACAAUGGAUUGAACCUUUGGGACGUUGUGGACGAGAAUUCUGGGAUGAAAGCACAGUCAAGGUAUUUUGGUGGGGACUAGGCAACAUCAACCUGGCGUCCAUUUUCUCCCUCAUCAGCUUCAAGGGUUCACAUCGGGGUUUAUUCAUGCUGAAAUAUCAAGAUUUACAUGAGUUGGAUCACUUGAACCCUUGGCAAUACCCACUUGAAGACAGUCUGAGGGUUUUCAUGGACUGUCUUUAUUGCAACAAGGGGCAAAAUUCCGUGAGGCUGGCUGGAAGUUUUGCGCCCAGCAAUACAACCAACAGGUAUUUCCCUUACACAAUGCCGAAGCAUAUUCGCACUUCGUUGGCUGUUCCAGAAAGCAAGAAGCUGGCCAUCAGUCGUUCAGGCUUUCCAGAUUCUUUCCAGGGGAAUUUCCAAGGAGCCAAGAUGCUGGUGGCAACGAAAAACUCUCCGAUCCACACGCCGUUCUCCGGAAUUCGAAAGGGCACUUUGAACGAGCCCGUAAUCUCCGGGGUUUGCAGCGAAUUGCUGAAAUUGUUCCAGUCUCGUCUCAAUUUCACCUACGAAGUCUUCGUGCCUGCCCUGGACCAACAAGAAGACUCUGACGACGAAAUCAGCAACCUGUCACCCAUCAUCGACGCCGCCCUGGGCACGGAUUUCGACAUCAUUCUGGCGCCCGUGGUGGCGACCAAGGAGAACAGACGAAGAGUCAAAAUCACGGCGCCGUAUUACAUAGACGACUUUGUUAUGAUUGUCAACAUGCAACAAGAGUAUUCCCUCAUGUGGACAUAUGUGCAAGUGCUGCCCAUAGAUGUGAGGAUCCUGCUGUUGACAAGCUUCCUUGCCACAUUCCUCCUUAUGCUCCUGCUGGAUUCAAAGCAGAUCCAACUGCGAAUCUAUGGAUCCUUUGCCAAGCCCAAAGAACCCAGAUGGCUUUACAUGAUGAGGCUGAUCCAACUGCGAAUCUAUGGAUCCUUUGCCAAGCCCAAAGAACCCAGAUGGCUUUACAUGAUGAGGCUGGUGUGUCUCCAGGGUCCCCCAGAGACCCACAUGCCAGUGAAGACCUUGGAAAGAUGUGCACAGCUUGUCACCUGGACAGGGUUCUUCUUUUUUGGGCUGUUGUACCAGAGUGCACUGGAAUCCAACUUUUUUGUGCCUGCGUAUCCUGAACCCAUUAAUUCCCUGGACAGUUUCCGGAAGGAAGGAUUGAAAUUGCUGAUUUCCAGACGAGGUGGAGAUGGAGAUGCCCUACUUACGCAUAUCCCUUACUUUGUGCAGAAUAGGGUCUAUGCCUCAGAAGCAUUUCCAGGUAUGACUCGCCAAGCCGUAUUGCAAACACGCAAACACCAGUUCGGCAUGAUCCGACCCAGAAACGAACUAGUACUGCGUCUACGAGACAUGCUCAGGUGCAACAUGAAGGACUACCCGUUACACGUCGUCAAAGAGAACGUGCAACAAUUCACAGCCAGUCUCGGGUUCCAAAAGGCGAGCAAACUGCUCCCGAUCAUCGAUCAAAUGAUCUUGGAAGCUGACGCAGCCGGGAUGCUCAAGUAUUGGACCAACACUGCGGUUCUCGGUCACUACGAACUCGAAGAUGUGCUGAGCAACAACCUGGACGACAGCUCGUACAUGUCCGCGAAGACCACGGCUUUCACAAACCCCAACGUUCAGCUGAAGCCCAUCACUUUGGCGCACUUGGAGUCGGCGUUUUUGCUUUACUUCGUGGGUUGCCUGGUUUCCCUGUUGACGUUUUUGUACGAGAGACGCAGCAGCGCGUAAACUUGGGAUUCUUCGUACAGAGGACGCCACGCAUGGGGAUAUACUGUAUCUUGGAAAACAAUUGAAACGGAAACAAAAUUUGGUAGUUAUUCAAGCUGGUGGAGGAGAUGAAAAUGCUCCAUAAAAUAAUUGGUUCUUUUCAUUUUGGCGUGGGCGCCUUUUUUAAUGAACAUUGGAAAUUAUAGGUCUUGAAAAAUCUUUUGUUAUGCAGAACCAUUCAUCUUUGAAAAAAAAAAAAAUGCUUCGCAGGUCGC